AUGUCUGUCCACGCGUCCUGGCUACCAGUAUCGCUGCUGGUGUGGGGACUGGUCUGCAGCUCAGUGCGCACUGCCCCGUUGGCGGGUAGGCAGAACGGCGCUCUAGAGCGGCAUUGGGAAACGCUCUACUCUCGAUCACUGGCUCGGAACCCAUGGGAAAAGAGAGAAAUCACCCGGGAUGGUGAAUAUCUUAUGGGCAUCAAAAGACUUAGGCGUCUCUACUGCAAUGUCGGCAUUGGGUUUCAUAUUCAAGUUUUACCAGACGGAAAGAUAACUGGAAUACAUAACGAAAAUAGAUACAGUAAGUUCAUUUUCAUACUUCUAUUUAAACCAGCAUCUUUGGGCACACUUGUUUGAUGCCCCUCUCUUGGUCUGCACACCUGUUUGUGCCAUGUGCCACCACUUUGGAACUUCAUAUUGUGAGAUUGGGUUGUGUGAAUGGGCACCAUGCCAACUUCAACAUAAUACUGUGUUUAGAUUAGGCUACUAGCGAAUUGACGUCACGUGUUAGUAUUUUUGUCCCAUGGCCAUGAGGACAGUGGAAGGAGUGUUUUAGCCAAAUGUGAUUUCGGCUUCUUUGCAAGGCUUUGAUUCAUGCGCAUCAUUGAACAAUUUUUGCGGUUCUAUUAAAAAAAAAAAAAGGCUUCAGGACAUGUUUCUGAAGUGUCAAAAGGAAUCACGGAUAGUACCAGAUCUGAGGGUUUGGACUUGAUGAUAACUGUUGGCUAUCAGUCUAUUGGGGUGCAAUUGGGUUAGUUAUUCUCUACCCACAGUCCAGUAUAAAGUCAGGACAAUAUUUCGACUUUUUUUUCUUCCUUCCUCACACAUUAGUCUUGUAUUUUGAUACAUUCCUCCAAUAGAAUAACAGAGACUUAUUGUUAUUUUUUAUCUUAUGAAAACCCAUAGACAUAACAAUUUGGAGUUUUAUCAGAACUCCAAACUGCCAGGAACUCAUACUGGGAACUUUAGUGAGAGGAAGUCUAUAUCAUAUUUAGCCUACUUGACGCUCUGAUAAGUUGUCAUCUAAUACCAAGGGAGGAAAGCAUCAAUUUCCUUGCAAGAUGUUUUAGUAACAGUUUGAAAAUAGACCUAAAUAGACCUUUGUCUACCACAGUCUUCCUUAUCUGCUUCAUUUCACAUAGACCUGUGUCUACCACCUUAUCGACUUUAUCUAUUUCACAAGACUCGCAUAAACAAUGGCUCAUAAACAACUUUGUUUUGGUGUACAGGAUAAACAUAUCAGUAAUAUUCUUUAUCUCAUUUCAGGUCUCCUUGAGAUAUCACCUGUGGAGAGAGGGGUUGUGACGAUCUUUGGCGUCCGAAGUGGUCUGUUUCUGGCCAUGAACAGCAAAGGGAAGCUCUAUGGCUCUGUAAGUAUACAUGAUAUGUUUUCUGGGACGUAUUUCUGGGUCACAACAUACUUUAUUUUAUGAAAGGUCCCCACAGCAAAAUGAUUGUCAAUGUCUUGGCAUGCCUUUAUAUGUUUGUAGCUUAUGAAUGUCAUAGUAAGCUACACCACAGGUGCUUUCAAUAUAAGGUGUAUACCUGUCCAUUCCCUGAAGUCCAUGUACAGUAUAUGGUAUAUGAAAGUAAAGUUGAAUUGGCCACAAAAUCCCAAGUGUUGAGAUUGACCUGCGUGAUUUGGCCACAGAGGUUCUAGGUCAGCUUCCCUAUAGUCUGCUGUACAUUGCGUUAUUUUAAUGUUUCUUAAUGUAGACCUUAACCUCUCUUCUCUCAUCCCUUCUCUAGGGUCAUUACAAUGACGAGUGCAAGUUCAAGGAAAGUCUCUUGGCAAAUAACUACAAUGCUUAUGAAUCUGCAGCACACCCAGGGAUGUAUAUUGGACUGAGUAAGACUGGCAAAACCAAAAAAGGAAACAGAGUAACACCAGCAAUGACAGUGACACACUUCUUACCGAGGAUCUGA